CUUAGCAACGUCUAGCGUCAUACAAGCCACAAAAUCCUAUGCCUUGGCCUGUCUCCUAGCUCCUAGCAACGUCUAGCAUCAUACAAGCCACAAGAUCCUAUGUGUUGGUCCGUCUCCUAGCUCCUAGCAACGUCUAGCAUCAUACAAGCCACAAGAUCCUAUGUGUUGGUCCGUCUCCUAGCACCUAGCAACGUCUAGCACCACAGGGAGCUCCUUGUUCAUAAUGAGGGAGAUUUGUGGAUCACCGGGGGCGUCCGCCCCUUCUUCCGGGGCAUCACCCGCCGCCCACACCACCCACUCCUCCGCUACCGUCAGCGCUGACACCCUCAAAAGUGGCAUUGGGUUGGCUUGGACGGUGUCUGGGGGUAGUGGCAGGGGCGUGGGCGGCCCUACCGCUGUCGCUGCAGGAGUGGGCGGCACUGCCGCAGGAGUGGGUGGCGCUAGCCCACGUCUGGGCAGCAGCACCGUCAGCAUGGCCAACGUGUUGGAGUUUCUGCUGACUUCAGCGCAGCUGCAUCGCGUAGCUGCUGCUACCACUGACAAGGUUCGGUCUGGAGGUCGGUUGAUCACAAGCUGUGGAGGUCAGGAUGACCAAAGUGGAGGUCGGGGCGGCCCGGCCUCCAGCGGCGUCAGCGGCAGCAUCAGCAGCAACGGCGUUAGCGUCAGCGGCAGUGGUGUCAGCAGCGCUGGCGUCAGCAGCGGUGGCACCUCCACCAGCAUACUUCCUUCGCCCUCAGAGACGUGGGCUCGUCUCCUAGGUAACCCAGCAUCAUCCCUGCAGGAGCAGACCCUGGCUCUCCUCCAGAUGGCGCUGCAGGAUGGUCUACUGGACUCUAUCCUACCAUACAUGGUGGCUUCUCUAAACCUGGGCGGGGCGCCCACCCUCACGCCCAUGCCUACAACGCCUGCUCGCUCGCCCACGCCCACGCCCAAGGGGGCGUCAUCUGUGAAAGGUGGAGGCUGUCUGGUAGCUUGUUCCACCCCUCGCACAUCACCCUCAAGAGAUGUUGCUAGACGCCCACCUACACCCACACCCACGCCCACACCCACGCCCACCACUGCUCCACCCGCAGACGCACCACGCCCUAACGUAUCACCAUCCGUCUUCAGAACUAUACCAGACAGAAGCCCAGGUAUUGUGAUUCAUGUGUGUGACGAGGCCAGGGGACUACGUCAGGAUUUUACCUGCCCGAGGGACUUGCUCAUACAUCAUAUAGGAUACUUCGCCGAUGUUACUGCAGGUCAGCGGCUGGAGGAUGUAGACAUCUCAGUACAUUGUGAUGUUAGUAUCUUUGAGUGGCUCCUACGCUGGGUCAAGAGAGGUCAAACUGAGGACCAUAUUGCCCCUGUUCUGGAGCCCAAAACAGCCGUCAGCAUCCUCAUCUCUGCAGACUUCCUGAAGAUGGCGCCGCUGGUAGAGGAGGUGGUCAAGUACGUCCAUGACAACAUUAACCUCAUCCUAGAGGCUCAGGUCAACCUCAACUGCCUCUCAGAUGCCAUACUUGCCAGGUUGGCACGGGUGUUCACUCACUGGGAGUUGGAGGGUUUGAGGGACCGCCGAGACAGAAUCCAGAGUAAGCUCUACACCCGCUUCCUCCAGACUCUGUGUGACACAGCUCCAGCACCCUCUCGUGGCAUCUACAGGACAGCAGCCACCCUCUACAGGUGUAGUGACUGUGGGGAAAUGGUGAGUCGAGCUGUGGAACGUCUGGUAACUUGCAUUCCUGCCAACACGUCCAUCACCACCUCCGGCCAUGUUUUCUACACCCAUUCCAGGGAUGGAAACUGGAGCCUGACAGAGCAUGUGAGGCAGCUCAAGGCAGACCUCAAGACCUGGAGGCUUGUUUACUGGAGACUCUGGGGUCAGGUACACUUUUUGCCAUGUUCAACAUGUGGCGCGGUGUUCCCUGGGUGCGAGAUGCGACUGUGUCGCACACACCGCCUUGAUGCCUCCUCCUGUGACCUAGACAUGUUCCUACCCAGUGAUGUCUACCCCUGCUGCGGCGCCCGGGCCCUUAGGUUCUCUCCACUCCCCGUCAGGAACGGGUGCCAGAUGAGGGACCACACUGUACAGCUGACACAGGGAGAUCAAGACAUAUGGGGUCCCAUCCCCCUGAUUUACGAUGACCUGCUGACCUUCCAGCUGCUCGUGUGCCUCGACCCCCCUCGUCACCUCUCGCCAUCACACAAGAGCGUGUUAUGGGCAGGAGUGCCGCUGGUACCAACCAACAGAGGCGAGAGAAGCUUGCUGGAUCGUUCCUGGCUCUCCCACUACCUCCACGGAGAGCGGGAUCCCCACCCAGCAGGGAUCCGUGUUGGCACUAGUGAAGCAGGAGUUCCUGCCACCAACAGCAACAGCACCACGGGAGCUCCCUCCGUCAGCGCCGGUGUCAGCAGUGAGAGUUCAUCUGACGAGGAAGAGGGAGGGGGCCGUCCUGGACUCACCUCGCGUUUCAAAGCCACAUUAAUGCGUCGAGCUGCCAGGGCCAGACGCACCAUAGCUUGCGAGAUGAUGGCUGAGCCGAGUUUGCGCUGGGACGCAGGAAGAUCUACACGUCACAACCAGGACACUCAGAGGGAAAGGGAGAGCCGCGCCCUACGAGAUCUCACCUCUUGGCUCACCCUCGCCGCCCCUAACACCCAUGACACCGCCCACGGCACCCAUAAGGGCCACCGUGGGCGUCCAGACCGCCGUAGGGAGUGUGCUAGCGGUCCUGAUUCCGGCUGCUACUACAGGCUGGAGGCAGAGUUUCGGGAACGUCAUGGGGGUCACUCUCACAGCCACAGUGGUGGGGGAGGGACCUUCCGUGCUAAAGUGCAGGCUAUCUCCAGGAUAAAGAUGAGACUGAGGCAUCGUGCUGCUUUCUCAGCCUCCCGCUAGCACUUAGUAAAUGUUUUUACCUCAUGUAGGAAGUGUUUACGUCAUGAGUUAUUUACUCUUUGUUUCACUUGCUCAAAUAUCAUGUGUAUUUGCUGUGACUGCCCAGGUGUUAAAUACACAUUUUUCAAUUGCUCAA